AUGUUCAACUUCGGCGGUCGCGCCUCCCCUCAAACGAAAAGAGAUUCGCAAACCCCCAAAAAGCCGAAUCUGCUUGCUACGCCUCCACAAGUUGCGCAUUACGGGCAGAUAAUUGAAUAUGUCCAAAAUCGAAUAUACCUCGCCGCAUACACACACCCUCCUACCGCUGAUACCCCCUUUCCGUACCCUCGAACUCCGUCACAUUCUCCAACUAAAAGAUCCUCAAAACCUAGUCGUCCUGAACCGCAGGGUAUACCAGGGCCUAGCAUACAUCCUCCGUGCUAUUUCACCAUUGAUAAUGAGCUGAUCUACAAUCGAUUUUAUGCGGACUUUGGACCGCUGCACAUCGGGCAUGUCUACCGGUUUGCCGUAGAAAUCAACUUGCUGUUAGCCGAGCCUAGCAAUGAAGACCGAGCACUUGUCUUGUGGAGCAAACCAGACUCGAGAAGUAGGGCAAAUGCUGCAUGCUUGCUAGCGUGCUACAUGAUUCUAGUACAGGGAUGGUCGCCUCAUCUGGCACUGGCUCCUAUCGCACAGGCAGAACCACCUGUAAUGCCUUUCCGAGAUGCUGGAUAUAGCCAGGCAGACUUCAGUCUUAGUAUCCAAGACGUGCUUUACGGAGUGUGGAGGGCAAAGCAAGAGAAACUGUGUUCCCUUGAUGGGUUCAAUAUCAGAGACUAUGAAAGGUUCGAAAGAGUAGAUCAAGGCGACUUCAACUGGCUGACGGCCGACUUUGUUGCGCUCGCAUCUCCUCAGCAUGAAUUAAUCGACUCCCUACCAGCUGAUUCCGAGCUAUAUGCCGAUUUGCCAUCGACCCGCGCUGCUGUCAAAGGCAACCGCAAUAUUUCAGAGCCAUUCAAAAACGUCCUGAAUCACUUUACAAAACGUAAUGUUGGUGUGAUUGUGCGCCUCAAUUCACAACUUUAUUCUCCCUCGUACUUUAAUGCACUUGGCAUAAAUCAUCUUGAUAUGAUAUUCGAUGACGGCACAUGCCCGCCUCUCAGCAUGGUGAAAAGGUUCAUAAGGCUUGCGCAUGACAUGAUAACAGUCAAGAGAAGAGCAGUAGCAGUGCACUGCAAAGCUGGAUUAGGACGAACAGGCUGUCUCAUCGGCGCCUAUUUCAUAUACCGGCACGGCUUUACCGCAAACGAAGUCAUUGCUUUCAUGAGAUUUAUGAGACCUGGAAUGGUUGUUGGGCCACAGCAACACUGGCUUCAUCUCAACCAGAAUCAAUUUCGAGAAUGGUGGUUCGAGGACAAGAUGAAGGCGAAGCUUGCCGCCUACCUUCCAGCGACCCCGGCGAAAUCCGCGCGCAGGAACCAUAUCAGCAACGGCCAAACCAAUCCUCCUCCAACUCAAAGCAAUCAAUCCUCUCGACGCUCAGCACUAGGAGAGAUCACACAUAAUGAGAAUGCUGUUAGUUCAAGUGUCGUAGACGAAAACUUACCCGCACCAACACCUGGUCAACCACGGAAGGGAAGCCGAAUUGACUCUCGACAUCAGCCAUAUACUCGUGCGAAUUCGUGUGCAUUCCCAGGCGAAGCGGUCAGAGAAGACCCCAAUGAUCAACUUGUUGAAAUGAAUGCUCAUCGGCAAACUGCGGGACAGAAACCUGGGGAAAGCAAAGACGAAUGGGAGUAUCGAGCUGUCACAUGUCGAACAAGCUCUCACUCUCCCACCAACAGCAACAAAAAACGCUCUGUCAGCUAUACGACCAGCACCACCACAACUGCAACACACAGCACGGUCCAUGAGGAAGAUGCAGUGGACAGUCUUACGUCGGAUGUAGAGAAUUGGACGCACCAUGAAGACAGGUCAUCCGACAGAGUUUCCAGGCCCAAGAGCACAUCCAUGAUCACGAAAAGUGGUAGUGGCAGCGGUUCGCUCGGCGUCGCAAAAAUACGUGGUAGUCCUGUAAGAAGAAGUGCAGAGAGCAGAGAGGUCAAGAAUGGUGGUGUCAGGAAGACAAGCGCGAGGGUCGCUAGUGUUGGCACGCAAAGUCGAACCAAAGCGUGA